AUGUCCUCAUCAACCACAAAUACUACCGACUCAUCCCCUGUGACGCGCAUAGCAACAUUCCGCUUCCAUCCCAAUGUCACUGCGGAGCAGAAAGGCGAUCGCGCAUCCGCCUUUCUCGCGCUCUAUGCCGAACAUCCGGAGCUGCUGGUCGAAGGGCCGAAAGGAGGGAGGCCACUGAAUACGCCGUUGAACCUGACAAAUGUGAAGAGGGAGAGCGUGUGGGAUAUGGGUUUUAUCGUGAUCUUCAAAGAUGAAGCCGCGAGACAGGUUUUUGAUAAAGAUCCUGGGCAUGAUAGGUUGAAGAAUGAGACGGACCCGUUGCUCGAGCAAGUGUUUGUGUAUGACUUUGUUGCGCAACCGAACCUAGGGUGGUAG